CAAUUCGCCAUCGAUCCUGAACAAACUAUUUUUGACGCGAUUCAAAGAGGUGUGAUUAAAGAAGAUGCAGUCUCGGUUUCAAAAGUAUUGUUUAUGACUACCGAGUUGGAUAAGAAACAAAUCGGAUCAUACCUUUCACGUAUAGAGAAUGUGAAGGUUUUGAAAAGUUUUAUAGAUCGGUUCAAGUUUCACCAUUGUCGGAUUGAUGAUGCAUUAAGAGUGUUCAUGCUCUCCAUUCGAUUACCCAACGAUCUUCAAGCAGUUGAAGUUCUCUUGGCUACAUUUGCUUCACAGUGGUCAGCUGUGAACCAAGCGAUUGGAAUCUCACAACCUUUGGCACUUCGACUGAUCAAAGCACUUUUCGGAUUAAAUGAUGCAUUACAC